UCUAGCUCAUGCCCGUCUAGCUUCCGGGUCUUCUUCUUCGACUUCUUCCUCGGCUGCCGCCUGUGUCCCGAUAGAUCCGUUUCCAUUCUUGAGCUACUGCGAAUUCAAGGAAGACAUGGACGAGCAGUGGAUGAUCGGGCAGACUUCCCUCAGCCUCGGCCUCAACGUCGGCGGGCCGCGACGGGCUCCUCCGGUGACCAGGGACCUCGUGGAGGAGGACUUCAUGUCCUCCAAGAAGAAUCACGAGGCUGAGGCGCUGGUGGCCGAGCUCCGGCGAGUGGGCGAGGAGAACAGGAGGCUCAGCGACAUGCUCCGCGCGCUGGUGGCCAAGUACGCCGACCUGCAGGGCAAGGUCAGCGGCAUGAUGGCGGCGGCCAACAACCACCACCAGUCGUCCACGACAUCGGAGGGCGGCUCCUCGGCGUCGGCGACCAGAAAGCGCCCCCGCAGCGGCAGCCUCGACACGACCAGCCGCAACCCUUCGCCGCCGCUCGCCGCGGCCGGCAGCAGCGGCCGCUUCGACGUCAGCGUCACCGUCGGCCCCGAGCAGGCGGAGUGCACGCCCGUCCACGAGCCCUGCAACAGCAAGCGCGUCCGCGACGACGAGGUCAAGGCCAGCAGGGUCUCCAAGCUCUACGUCCACGCCGAUCCCUCCGACCUCAGCCUCCAGGUGGUGAAGGAUGGGUACCAAUGGCGGAAGUACGGGCAGAAGGUGACCAAGGACAACCCGUGCCCGAGGGCCUACUUCCGGUGCUCGUUCGCGCCGUCGUGCCCGGUGAAGAAGAAGGUGCAGCGCAGCGCCGAGGACAAGACCGUGCUUGUGGCCACGUACGACGGCGACCACAACCACGCGCCGCCGCCCAAGCAACAAGGCUCUGGUGGCAGGAAGAGCGGCGACGCAGCCGCCGUCCGCGUAUCACCGGCGCCGGCGCUCGUCCAGCAGCAGCAGAAGCAGGAAGCUUCGACGGCGGAGCAGGUGGCCGAUAGGAAGAACCUGGUGGAGCAGAUGGCGGCGACGCUGACGAGGGACCCCGGGUUCAAGGCGGCACUCGCCUCCGCGCUCUCUGGCCGGAUCCCUGUUGCUUGAGCGGAAACCUGCCAGCACAGGAGAAUACUCUACUGGAAACCUGCCAGCAUCGAGUUCUUGUCGAUGUAAGCCGAGUACAGCUCUCGGUAAUUAAUCAGCAGGACACGACAGAUGCGUAGCCGAGAGUUAAGCCGCAGGUGCUCGACAAAGAUCAAAAAACAUGGCUUGACAGAUGUUUGCCGAGAGCUAACAUCCAGUUACACGGCAAUAGGAUGUGCACCAGUGGCACGUAUGAAUGAUCAUUCAAUCCAACAUGAGAAUUGUUGACAGCUAACAGUAGUUUGCUUAUUGGGCUCCUCAGUGUAGGAAUUUGUAGCAAGCACCAAGCUAUAAUGGUGAUAAACCAAGGUACCAAUCCAUGAA